UUAGAUUGUGAAGCUUGCCGCUCCAAACAAGGCGACUGCCCAGCUCACAAAGCGCUGACAAGAAAACUGGUGAUACCUGGACAGAAACAGCCAGUCAAGUUUAGUUACGCCAUAGCUUCAUUUCCGGAGGAAGUGCAGUUAUGUGUAUCGAGCAUUCCUGGAGCGGGCUGCGGAGUCUGCGCCAAGCAGCAUAUUCCCGUGGGCACAUGGAUUGGUCCGUAUGAGGGAAAACAUGUCAAAUGUGAUGACGUCAAACCCAACACUGAUACGUCAUACAUGUGGGAGGUAAUUUAAACGUUCUGUAGUUUGAUAAAUUUUUUGGUAUUAACCGUUUAACUCCCAAAAGUUGCCAAAGUCAAAAUUUGACCACAUUUCCAAAUUUUAUUUGUCAAAUGCCGAAAAAACAAGAAAUAACAUGUGAUGGUACACAAUUUGAACUCACGCCACGCUACACAUCUUAACCACAGAAUGAAAAGUUAGAACCACCUUUCAACUCUCCAUCUUUCACUUCGGAGGGAAAGGGUUAAAGCAGCUUAGUGGAGAUGGCGAUAUUGAUUCACCAAGGGCAUUACCACGAGGGGCUUUUGCAAAUUGAGAUAUAGUCAUUUAGAUCACUCUCUGGUGCAAGGCGAAACAGCCCCGGGGAAACAGUCCCUGAGUAACAAUCCUGUCUGCAAUACCAUCUCCAAGGCAUCAGUACUCCAUAAUCAACGGUUUUCAAUUAAUAUUUCAUUCUAAAUAACUCAUGUCGACUAGCGUGUAUUCUCAGAUCUUUUUUUUGCAAAUUAUGAACGACUGGAACAACUCCUUCUUAAUAGUGCUUUGUUGCACCCGUGUCUUAACCUUUCACUCCAUGGCCAAUGGCCAUCCCUCCCUUUGUCUUUUUCGUUUAGCGUCAAAUGCGUCUCCUGAUUUUCCGGUCGGUUGGUCGGAUGAAAAAACAAGCCUUAAAAAAAGAGAAAAAAAUCAGAAAAAGUCGGUGAAUAGGAGGCCUGAAACCCCAGCAUCAUUGUCGUGGAGCCUGGAAACAACAAGACAAGGUCACGAAAUCCACACAAACUCAAUAUGGCGGAAAUUAAUGAAAAUAUGAUGGUCGAUGUCAUUAUGGUAAAAAGCAAAAAGGAGAUACUCUACCAAACCUUCUAUGCCUGGAAAUUCUGUUAGAAUGGUCAUUUUUCAGAUUGAAAGAAUUGAUUAAAGUAAAAAGGUUUAACUAUGUCGUUUUUUUUCUUUGAAAAUGCCCAAAAUUUGGCUCGGUCGGACGAUGCUAAACGGAGAAAACGGGGGACGGUUUAACAGUCACUAUUGAAACUUACACAUUUUUUUUGUAACUUCCUAAAAAAUAAAUAGUACUACGCUAAGACUCUACCAAAGAUUUUUCACUAGAAGGUUAGCAUCGUAGGAUAUCGUCCACAAAUGUAAAAGUUAGCAUGAAAAAUCAUCUCACCAUCAGGACUCGAUCUAUGAAAGAAAGGGUUAGAAUUUAUGUCGUAUUAACUUUCUUAGCGGUAAUAUAUUAUUUAUAUAUUUGCACCCUUUCCUUAAAGAUUUAUCAAGAUGGCAAACUUUCUCACUACCUGGACGCGAGUGACGAAAAUACAUCGAGCUGGAUGCGCUUCAUCCGCUGCGCGCGCUACAGAGAAGAACAAAACCUUUUCUCAUUCCAAUACUGCGGUAACAUUUACUACAGGGCGUUCAGGGAGAUUUCCGUGGGGGCUGAACUUCUCGUAUGGUAUGAUGAAAAAUACCCUCAGGAUAUGGGAAUACCGCUGGAAGUGCAAGAUAUGGCGCUAGUAGAUCCCAACGGUAUGUCAAAACAGUGACGAAGAAACUUAGUUUAGGUAAUUCAAAGCAUUGUUUUCAGAAACUAUAUGUAGUGAUUGUUAUUAGUUCACUUAUUGUGAGAAUGUCCACUGCUUCAAGGCUGCAAACUUGAUUGGUAAAUACAAAGCAACAAAAGAACACCCCUUGAAGCCAUUUACCUCAAUUGUAGGGUCAUUUUUCACAGCAUAACCAUGAUGAGAAAUAGAGCUUUGCACAGAAAUAUGAUAUUUUCUCUCCUGGCUUGAUAGGUUAAUGUGCGGCUCUCUGUGCAAAAGUUCUCUGUCCGAUUCCCAGGUGUAACCUCAAAUCCUUGCCUUCUCUUACCUCAUCUUUUAUUCCUUUCCGUGUUGGGGUCUUUAAACUGAUAUCUUUCAUACGGAGCGCUGAUGGGAACAGGGGGUAUAACGAGCUCACCGCACAAAUUCGUUGGCCUCAGGUCUGUUGGCCUCAGACGAUGCCAUUUCGAGCUGCCAAUGUAAAUUAAGGACCCCUUGCCUUGACCUUUUUUGUUAUAUCUAGAAAGGAAUUCGCAGUGUUAGAAUGAAGAAUCAGUCAGUUUAAUUGUUUCAUAUACAUCAGGCACUGAUCUGAGCCUUGAGGGAUGUAAAAUAGCCUCUAGGGGCAUAACAAUAUCUCACAGUGACAACCCCUUAUGGCUAUUCUUCGUUGAAGUGGGGGUGAGUAGGGGCCGCAUUUCGUAUGGAACCUGUAAGCCCCGUUCGUACCCAUCCUCAUUGGGCGGGCAUAUCUGUGCCCAGUUUAUUACACUUCGUACUUUUCAUUUACAUUUCAUUUUUAAACCAAGACGUAUCUUACCCUCUCGUGGUGAUAUCGAAAACAUUUUCCCCCAUCUUCUAGGUACCAGACUCCUGCAAGAGGUACUAGCAGCUCAAGGCCAAAUUCAACCAACAGACAAAUCAAACGAAGCACCAAAAUUUUCCGCGCCCAUCUCCACUCAGCCAGCAGUCACCUCGCACACUCCUUCCAAGAAAACGUUCCGGAAGUCACCUGUAUCACGUGACAUGAUACCCAAUAACAAUCACAUUUCAUGGCACCAGAAGAUUCCUGGUCCUGUUGUUUCGAACAUCAGGCCUCCCUCGGGCGACAGUUCAGUCCGCGCUGAGAGAACUCGGCACAUUUCGGAUCCUGUUAUUGCUUUAAAGGAAGAGCGCAUUCUGGUUGAAGAUUGCGACGACAAUAAAAGAUUCAAGCUGUCGCCAGAAAGCAGCGAGAUGAGCUUGAUGAAAUGCGGUCAGUGUAACCAGUCAUUUGCGCAGAAAAACAUGCUCCAGGUCCACGUGUGUCCGCACAUUCCAAGAAGGCCAUACAAGUGCAAUUAUUGUUCAGAGUCGUUUUCUUUCCCUAACGAACUACGCACGCAUGUUGUCACUCACGCUAGCGAUAAGCCAUUUAAAUGCGGUUAUUGCUCGCGCACAUUUGCUGGAGCGACAACGCUGAACAAUCACAUUCGUACUCACACGGGUGAAAGGCCAUUCCUCUGUGAAAAAUGCGGCAAAACAUUUACACAGGCAUCCCAACUAAGCAAACAUCAACGAAUUCCACACGAGUGCGCACAUUAA